UUCACCGCUGCCCUUUUACUAGACUUGAAAUCUAACACCUUCAACGUUCCCUCCUGACGAUCCCAUCCUAAAAUCGCGCUGGUGGAUUCAAAAUGGGACAGAGCCAAUCACAACAGCCUGUUGAAACCCCUGAACCGGCGAUCAGUGCGGAGGAGCGGGCCCAGGCUUUGGAAGAGAUGCGUGCGAAACAACAAGCAGCCCUCGACAAGCGUUUUGCGAAAAAGCCGACUGCAGCGUUGACUGCCAUACCCCAAGCGACAAAAGCCUCCAGAAAGCUCAAUGCUUUGGAGCAAAUGAGUAAAGAGAACGUGGGUUGGCGAGAUGCGGAUGCGCAAGCGGAUUUAAGGCGUUGGGAUUAAGUUACUUGGAUUAUUAUGUUGGUUGGGGGCCAGGAAAAUUGACACGAGUUAAUAACAAAAAGCAACGAGAUGGCUUGGCAGGGCUUCUGUGUAUGCUUGAGAGAGUUUGGCAAACUCGAACUGAAACAUCCACCGAUUACUGAUCCACAUAAAGACGUUUCGUGUCACCUCUACAUAGUCACCACAUCGAAUUGAGUAGCCUCG